CCUGCAACUUACAAGAAGCAGCUGACGGGGAACUCGAGUCCUAUGAUUAUUACUCAGAAAAUUGCGGUGCCGGUGUCAAAAUGCUGCUGACGGAAAGCAUUAUUCUGAUAUUGUCGCUGUGGACUCUAAGUUCAGGUUUUUUAAUAAAGGAACCCAAAGAAGCAAAACAGGCAUGGGAGUAUGUUCCUGUCAGAAGCAAUGCAAGCAUGUUCUGGUGGCUGUACUAUGCAGACAGUCCUACUCAGAAUUUCACAGACCUUCCUCUUAUCUUAUGGCUUCAGGGAGGCCCAGGAGCUUCAAGUUGCGGAUAUGGAAAUUUUGAAGAGAUUGGCCCUUUAGAUGCUGAUCUGAAACCAAGAAGGACAACUUGGCUGCAGGCAGCAAGUCUACUCUUUGUUGACAAUCCCGUUGGCACCGGAUACAGUUAUGUUAAUGACUCCCUUGCCUACGCUACUGAUCUCCACAUGGUCACUUCAGAUAUGAUGGUGGUUCUCCGAGAGUUCUUUAAAUCAAGGGUGGAAUUCCAGAAAAUCCCUUUCUACAUCUUUUCAGAAUCUUACGGAGGAAAAAUGGCAGCUGCCAUUGCUCUGGAACUUCAUAAGGCUGUUCAAGCUGGAACAAUCAAGUGUAAUUUUCAUGGAGUAGCUCUUGGUGAUUCAUGGAUUUCUCCUCUAGAUUCUGUGCUUGCUUGGGGGCCUUACCUGUAUAGCACUUCGUUCCUAGAUGAUAAAGGCUUGAAGGAAGUCACCACUGCUGCCAAGAAAAUCCUCAAUGCAAUGAAUACAGGGGCAUUUAAGCUUGCUACACUGCUCUGGAGUAAAGCAGAGGAUAUUAUAGAAGAGAACACGAACGGUGUGAAUUUCUAUAAUAUUCUAACACAAGACACUUCGCAGGACACAGCUCUCUCAUCUACUGCAGGUGAAACCGUCCCAUUUUUAAAAUUGUUCAGGCGUCAUGUGCAAAAUCAAAAUAAAGACAAGCUGAGUGACUUGAUGAAUGGGCCCAUCAGAAAGAAGCUGAAAAUAAUUCCAGACCACGUCAAAUGGGGAGCACAGUCAAAAGAUGUAUUUAUGAAUAUGGCUGAAGACUUUAUGAAAAAUGCAAUUGAUAUUGUAGACAGCUUACUGGAAGCCAAGGUUAACGUUACUGUAUACAACGGGCAGCUGGAUCUCAUCGUUCCUACAAUAGGGCAAGAAGCUUGGCUCCGAAAACUGAAAUGGCCCAAACUGAAAGAAUUUAAUGUGCUGAAGUGGCAAGCUUUGUACACCUGCCCACAAUGCACAGAGACGGCUGCUUUUUAUAAAUCCUAUUGUAACUUGGGCUUCUUCUGGAUCUUGAAGGCUGGCCACAUGGUCCCGGCUGACCAAGGUGACAUGGCGCUGAAGAUGGUUAGGAUGGUGACACAACAAAAGCAGUAACCAAAUUAGAGCCAGCUGGCUUGGCUCCUCUACAAAACAAGAGUACAUAGUUUAGGAUCUUUUCAUUGCACCCUAAACGCAGAAAGAAACAAUGUUUCUUUGACAGCAUUGUGUUUUUCUCCUCUCAGAUACUAUGUGAAGCAUUUUAAGGAGAGACACAGUUGAAAUAAUUCACUUUCUCCUUGUAAAAUGUGAAAAUCUCUUGAUACGCUUCUGUUUAUCAUAAUUCUUAAAUGCUGAAGAGGGAAGCUGUAAAUACAUCAGGGAUGGGCAUCUUGUAGGCCAUGUGUAGCCUCCAUCUUGCAGCCUUAGAACACCCUCCUUUUGCCCUACAACAUCUGACAAAAAUGGUUAGGGUUAGGGUUUUGGGGUAGGUUUUGCCAAAAUGAAGUGGAAAUGGAUUGGUUAGCCUCACAGAAGCAAAUGCCUCCAUUUCCAGCUUCAAAACACUCCCAAAUAGCCAGAAAAUGCCUCCCAACCAGGCUCAGCCCUAUCUACGUGGAGACAUCAUUGUCCUAGUCUCCAAAUAGUCAAGUGUGGCUCUCAGGACGAAGAAGGUUGCCCACUCUUGAACUAAAGUUUCCUUUUGAUUGAUUUUAAUUCUCUUUUUUAUAUAUCCUAUGCAGGAAGGCUACAAAGCAUUCCACUUGGACCCUCUUUGUAUAUAGUUUCAUGUCCAGACCCAUGAGAAAGGCAAUUUUCCAGAUCCUCACCCUCCCAGAGACCAGCCUGGGAUCAACUGCGGGUGAAAUAGUACUGGAAAUGGGAAGCCAGAGAGUAUUUUUCUAACUCAAGCACUCUUAUACCUGCUCAGAUAAUAGAUCUGGAGCUUGCCCCAGACUCAUUCCCAAAGCCAUCACACUUUUUUCUGCAGGCCUUUGUAGUCUGAUUGAAAGCACAGGCUUGGAUUUGGGUCUCAUUAAUUUAAGUGAGAUUUGCUUCCUAGAAAGUGUAUUCAGGACCAAUGGGCAUAAUGCACCCCUGGCUGCAUACAGUGCUAAGUCCCCACUUCUAAAGCAGAAAUAGUUGUUUUCCUUGGCUUCCGACGAGUGGGAUAUAUAGGAAUAAAAGCAGCAACCUGGAGCAAAGGUUCAACAUCUCCUAACCUUGAUCUUUAGGCUAGUGGGUUUGUCUCAGCAAGUGUCAAACUAUUGGGUUAUUUGCCCCAACCCAUAUGGUACUGGAAUGUCAACACAUCUGCAUAGUAAAUUGAGGACCGCAGGUCUAACCUGAUACUCUCUGCUCUUUGACAAUAGUAAUUUCUAGGAUUU